UACAUUAAAUCAUGUCAGUAGUAAGCCUUAAAUCUGAAGCAUUGUUUUUGAUUGUAGGAAUCUGAAAUUUCUAAAGCAUUCCACGCCAAAAUCUUCAACGACAAGAAUAAAGGCGAAGUCAUAAAUCCGAACAAGAUGGAAAUUUCGAUGGAGACGCGCAUUAUUGCACAUGAACGCAUGAAAUCCGAAGAAGCCGGAAAACCCUAAAUCGAGAACCAUCGUCCACUCAAGCAAUUUUGCACACUUCAAAUCUGAAUUGCUAGAUCAUCCGCAGCCAUGUCAAGGAUCAGGAAAUCGAAUACGUACCCGAUGAGCGAGGGGGAAAAAGUCGCGCAGCUUGCAGAUUUUUCACGGCAGAAACAAUGCUUUGCCCCGUCGCCUGCAAAUCUAACCAAUUUGGAGGAAUCGCCGUGCAACGGAGAUGAAAGGAAAACCCUCCGUCGAGUCACCGCUGCUCCGUAAAGCUGUCAACUUUAUCAGUUUAUAUUUCAAUUUUAAUUUCGACCCAGAAAUAAGAAGCAUGAUUUCAAUAUUUCAUUCUCAAAUUCGAAAACUAGAUCGAUUUCAAAAACGAAACUCAAUGCAAUAAGAUAGAACAUUUCUUAAAUCAUUCUGUUCUAGAUUAAUUUGAUGCAGUUGAACAUUCGAAUGAUUCCGUCUGAAGUUCUAAACAUGAUCUUAUUCCUAAUUUCCUAUCCAAAACAAAACCACGUCAAAAUUGGAAAGGAUUUUAUACAGUUGCUGGAAAUUAUUUUAAAUACUGGAAGUUGGAGUACUAGUAUGAAAAGUGGAUCCAUAGUUUAGUCUAUAAAAAUUUGAAAAGUGAAGAAAAAACAUGGGAGCAAGCAAAAGAGGGAGGGCGGCAGAGUUGUGGCGGUCGCGACGAAAAUGAGAGGUCGUGCCGGCCUCAACUCCCGCGAGAAGACGACAAUGUCAUAGCCCACGCCGUUUCUCCUUCCAUCAGAACUUGUUCACCUAAUCUGUUCCCUCAAGAUCAACGAAACAUCGAGGGGGCAGAACCGUGGCGUGUCUAGCCUCUAGGGCUCUUGCACCUGCUGCUGUCGAUGGCGUCCAACGGCCACUCCCGCGCAUCGGUUCGAACUGAGCGCCAGGUUCCUCCCACGAAGGCCAGCGGCGGCGGGAACCCUCCGGCGCGACCUAGGGCGUCCUCGGCCAAGCGCUCUUCCAGAGUCUCCGUUGAUGAUGACAACGAUUCUGUAAGAGUAAGAGUAGCAGUUAGAGUUAGACCUAAGAACACAGAGGAACUAAACUCAGAUUUCGCUGACUGUGUGGAGCUACAGCCAGAGUUGAAGCGAUUGAAAUUGAAAAAAAAUAAUUGGAGUUUAGAGUCCUACAAAUUCGAUGAAGUUUUUACUCAAAGUGCUUCUCAAAGGCGUGUUUAUGAAGCUGUAGCUAAACCUGUUGUGGAGAGUGUUUUAGAUGGGUAUAAUGGGACUGUGAUGGCUUACGGCCAAACAGGUACUGGUAAAACUUACACAGUUGGCCAGCUUGGUAAAAAUGACCCAUCUGAACGUGGUAUUAUGGUUAGAGCUUUGGAAGGCAUAUUUGCAAAUACAACGGCUGGCUCAGACACUGUGACAAUUUCUUAUUUACAGUUAUAUCUAGAGUCAGUACAAGAUUUGUUAUCACCAGAGAAGACCAAUAUCCCUAUAGUGGAGGAUCCAAAAACUGGGGAGGUGUCCUUACCUGGUUCUGCUGUUGUUCAGUUAAACGACCUUGAUCAUUUUUUGGAGCUGUUGCAAGCUGGUGAAGCAAAUCGGCAUGCGGCUAAUACCAAGCUAAAUACUGAAUCAUCUCGAAGCCAUGCAAUGUUAGUGGUUCAUGUCCACAGAUCGUUUGGAGGAAAAAAGGAAAAUGAGGUCUCAUCCCUGUCUGAUGGAACAAAUGACAAUCUAGCUUCUCACCAUGUGCCACACAUUUUAAAAAGCAAGUUGCUGAUUGUUGACCUUGCAGGAUCUGAAAGAAUAGACAAAUCAGGAAUUGAAGGCCGCAUGAUUGAAGAGACUAAGUUCAUUAAUCUUUCACUCACUUCAUUGGGAAAAUGCAUUAAUGCACUUGCUGAAAACAAUCCUUAUAUACCAACAAGAGACUCCAAGCUCACCAGGCUGCUUCGCGAUUCAUUUGGAGGCUCUGCACGGACCUCUCUCAUAGUUACAGUUGGUCCAUCGGCACAAUAUUAUUCUGAAACUGCAAGCACAAUAUUGUUUGGACAGAGGGCAAUGAAAGUUGUUAAUACAGUCAAAUUGAAAGAAGAAGUGGAUUAUGAGAGUUUGUGUAAGAAGCUUGAGUACCAUGUUGACUAUUUAACCUCAGAGACUGACAGACAGCAAAAGCUUAGAGAAAUUGAGAGGGAGCAGAUGGAAAAGAAAUUGAAAGAGCAAGAAGCAUUAAUAGUUGAAACAAAAAUUUUUGUCAGUAAAUAUGAGUAUUUGGAGAAACAAAAAAAUCAUUGGGAGUUAGAGGCCAAAAAAUUGUUGAAGGAAUUGAACAUUCAGAAGAAUGAAAAUGAUAGAUUAUCUCAAGAAAUUGGUCAUCUUGAAGAAAACUUUAAGCAGAUCAAGCAACAGGAGCUUGAAAGUUCGACACAUCAGAAAAUACUGGCUGACAUGACAAAUACAUACCAGAAGAACAUAGCAGAGCUCAUCAAUCAACUAGAAAGUGAGAGGUCUCAUUGUACAAAUCUAGAAGAACAGUUGUCUGUUAUGAAGAAGUCUCUGAGUGAUAAUAUAAAAUCAGUCCAGGAAAGAAUUGUUGAUGAUCUUGCAAGAGAAAAUUCAAAGUUGAAUGAAAUCGCAACUAGCAAAAUACAGUCUCUAGAAGUAAUGAACAGAGAAUUGUUGAUGGAGAAGGAAAGAAUUGUUGAUGAUCUCACAAGAGAAAAUUCAAAGUUGAAUGAAAUCACAACUAGUAAAAUACAACCUCUAGAAGUAAUGAACAGAGAACUGUUGAUGGAGAAGGACUUCUUAAAUAAAGAGCUUGAAUCUUUGAAAGACAAACUUUUAGACGAAGAAAGACAAAGAAGAUGCCUUGAAGGUGAAAUUGUGAAAUUGAAAAAAUUCUUGAUUGAUGGAAAUGCAGAAAAUGGGUCUAAAAGAUCCCAUUGGGCAGAAAAUUCAACCAGUUCAACUUUGCCUUUUGAAAAUCCAUCCAAGUCUCACAAGUCGAGAGAAAGUGUAUCUGCUCAAAAAGAUACCAUUUCCAAAAUCUUUGAAGAAGUUGGUCUAUCAAAUAUAUUACCUUUGUUAAAGUCUGAAGAAUUGGAUGUGCAAAUCCAUGCAGUAAAGGUGGUUGCUAAUCUCGCUGCCGAAGAUAUUAAUCAGGAAAGAAUUGUCAAGGAAGGAGGUCUGGAUGCUCUUCUCAUACUUCUCGAAAUAUCAAAAGAUGCAACUGUUCAUCGAAUUACUGCUGGCGCUUUAGCUAACUUGGCUAUGAAUGGUUCAAAUCAAAGUUUAAUAGUAAGCAAAGGGGGAACUAGGCUACUUGCAAAUAUUGCAUCAAAAACUGAAGAUCCUCAAACUCUUCGGAUGAUUGCUGGCGCAAUUGCUAAUUUAUGUGGAAAUGAGAAAUUGCAUGUGAUGUUGAAAAAGGACAGUGGCAUCAAAGCCCUUCUGCAAAUGAUGAAGUCCGGACAUAGUGAAGUCAUAGCUCAGGUUGCCAGAGGUUUUGCAAACUUUGCAAAAUGUGAAUCACGAGGAAUUGCUCAAGGAUAUCAAAAAGGAAAAUCAGUUCUUAUUGAAGAAGGAGCACUAUACUGGAUGAUCACCAACUCAUCUACAUAUUCAGCUUCAACUAGACGGCAUAUUGAGCUCGCUUUAUGCCAUUUAGCACAAAAUGAGGACAAUGCACUUGAUCUCAUCCGAGGUGGAGGAAUCAAGGAGCUUAUUCGGAUAUCGCAAGAUUCCUCGAAAGAAGAGACGCGCAACCUUGCGAAGAAAGCAUUGGAUUCAAAUUCUUCAUUUUCUUCCGAGAUGUAUACAAGUUGAGAUGGCCGAAAAGCUCUCGUUGAAGCUUAGUCUUGUAGAGAGCAUCAUGAUGGAAUCACUUUAAAAAAAAAAGAAAAAGAAAAAUCAGUAUAUUGUCAUGAACAAAUUCUUGUGAGUUUUUACUCCUUGAAUAAUUAAUUUAAAGCAAUGAAAAUGUCACUAAAUUGUUCUCAAAA